CAGGCCCCGCCUCUACCCGGCAGCAAAUGGGCGAGUGCCUGCAAAGGCGCUGGUUGCCGCCACAUAUGAUAAGGGACUGGGCCCCUGAUGGGCAGCGCUUCCCCAGUUCUGCUCUAGUUGGGCCAGUACCCCAAGGCACCGCGGUUCUCUGCCUAGGCUGCUCCGGAAAUGCUUUCAGCGGGCACAAACAUGGCUGCGGCCUUGCGAGCUGCAGGCGGCCUGCUCCGCGGUCCGUUGGUGCAUGGCAGCUUGAAGACCCAUCAGCCAUGGAGGUGCCAGUUGGGUACAGCAGCAGCAGUGACCACCUCUACAGAGACAGCUCAGCGUACUAAAAGUGCAAAACCUCAAGUUCAACCAGAAAAGAGGAAACCAAAAACUGGAAUACUGAUGCUAAACAUGGGAGGCCCUGAAACUCUGGGAGAAGUUCACGACUUCCUGCUGAGGCUUUUCUUGGAUCGGGACCUCAUGACACUUCCUAUUCAAAAUAAGCUGGCACCAUUCAUCGCCAAACGCCGAACCCCCAAAAUUCAAGAGCAGUAUCGCAGGAUUGGAGGUGGAUCACCAAUCAAAAUGUGGACUUCCACGCAAGGAGAAGGCAUGGUGAAGCUGCUGGAUGACUUGUCCCCUGACACAGCUCCUCACAAAUACUAUAUUGGAUUCCGGUAUGUCCACCCUUUAACAGAGGAAGCAAUUGAGGAGAUGGAGAGAGAUGGACUACAGAGGGCCAUCGCUUUCACGCAGUAUCCACAGUAUAGCUGCUCGACCACAGGUAGCAGCUUAAAUGCCAUCUACCGGUACUACAAUGAGGUGGGAAAGAAGCCCACGAUGAAGUGGAGCACCAUUGACAGGUGGCCCACACACCCCCUCCUCAUCCAGUGCUUUGCAGACCACAUUCUCAAAGAACUGGACCAUUUUCCAACCGAGAAGAGAAGCGAGGUGGUCAUUCUGUUUUCGGCUCACUCUCUGCCAAUGUCUGUGGUCAACAGAGGGGACCCCUAUCCUCAGGAGGUCGGCGCCACUGUCCAAAAAGUCAUGGAAAAGCUCAGUUACUCCAACCCCUACCGACUGGUUUGGCAGUCCAAGGUUGGCCCAGUACCCUGGUUGGGUCCUCAGACAGAUGAGGCCAUCAAAGGGCUUUGUGAGCGGGGAAGGAAGAACAUCCUCUUGGUCCCAAUAGCCUUCACCAGUGAUCACAUUGAAACACUGUACGAACUGGACAUUGAAUACUCUCAAGUGUUAGCCAAGGAGUGUGGAGCUGAAAACAUCAGAAGAGCGGAGUCUCUUAAUGGAAAUCCACUGUUCUCUAAGGCCCUGGCCGACUUGGUGCACUCACACAUCCAGUCAAACAAGCUGUGCUCCAAGCAGUUGACUCUGAACUGUCCGCUCUGUGUAAAUCCUGUCUGCAGGGAGACUAAAUCCUUCUUCACCAACCAGCAGCUGUGACCCGGAGAACUCUGUCGGAUUAGGCAAAUGCCCCACAUCUAGACUCCUCAGAUGGGGGGAGGACACUGUUUAGAGACCAAAGAAGGAAGCCACAUCAGUGUCUGCAUGGCCUUUGGGCACAGCUGUGAUUUUGUGAGAAAUGGACUCUGAAAUUGUACGGAGAGACUUUCAGUUUUCAUGCACUUAUAGAGUGAGCAUUUGUAAUCCCGCUCUCUGGGUAAAUUUCCUAGUUUUGAAUUUCCACAAGGACAUUUGAAACAUGACUUUUGAGAGUUUAUCUCAUGAGAUGCACACCUAUUUUAAAUAGAGAUUUUGCUUUGUUGCCUAGAACCACCCCCGAAUGGGUACAAAGGAUUCACCCUGUCCCCUCUGGGGGAUCGGUGUGACAGAUAUGCUGACAGCUUCAUGCAUUUAGUUGUAGUUUUUUAAAUAGAUGUAGUUGGAAAAGGAAAUAUGACCUAUCUUUCCUGUAAGUCUGGGCACGGGAACAGAAGGCCGGUGAAGUGGUUUGAUUGCCUACCAUGGUUUCUGUUUCCAGGGAGGCCUCCGUUCAUUGGUUGUUUUGGUGUCUGUGUGUCCUCAUCCCAAAACCAGAAGUGCUGUGUGACUCCCCAGGUACAUGAGGCUGGUGAACGCGUGGAGACGCUCUGUGGGUCGCAGCUGCCUCGGUGUCUCGGGAGGGAGCUGUGCUGCCCAGCCCUGCACUGCCGGGAAGGUUCCUGAAGGACUGAGCUCUAAAGCCGUCCCACCCAGGGGCUUCAGUAGUCUUUCCAUGCAGCCUUUUCUGAUCUUAGUUAAGUGCUUCUUUUCUGUACAAUGAAGAGUUAUUUUAAAAAGUCAACUGUAUUUUGUAACCUUGAAUUCUUCCUCAAUUUACAUGUUUUUACCGUGAGAUUAUGUAUUCUACAGUAGGACAUUUGACAAGUACAGAGAAAGAAAAGAACCACUCUCAUGCAACAGCUAUUAUCCUAUCAUGCUUCAUGCCAGUCUUUUCUUGUGGAUAUUUUUUGAUGUCAUUGUCACCUUGAAUUUCUCAGUGGAAAGUUAUUCUAAAAAUGUAGAAGUAAUGUCAGGUCAGAUCUGAUCUUCUGUAUUUGGAAUUAAAUGGAUUGAAAAUAUUUCUAAUGGAUCCAUGAAGAAUUUGUAAUGAUUGCUUUCUCUUUCCUCCAAACCCUAAAACUUUUUUCAAAAGAACAUUUCUUUGAUAUUUUUGAAGCCAAUUCAUAAAGUGGAAGUAAUUAGGGGAUUCAUAGAUCUUCUAUACUCAGGAUUUGCUUUUGAUAGAUGGUAUAACAUCAUUAAAGUUUUAACCAGUUUGAUUGAUGCUGCUAAAUCAAAACUGAUCAAAGUGAUUAAAUAUGAGGAAUUUAUUUUGCAAGACUAGGAAAGAAGGGGCUGGGGAUUUAGCUCAGCGGCAUAAGUGCCUUCCUUGCGAGCAGGCAGUCGUGAGUUCGAUCCCUAGUACCGAUAAAAAAAAAAAAAAAAUGAUUGGAAAGAAAUGUGCCGCGUGCUCUAGUUAGCAGUUCUCCUGUGCUGAUAAUGACCCUCUAAUAGGUAGGCUUCUGCAUUUUUUUCUCCCAAACUGAGUUUUUAUUAGAAGGUUGUUUCUAAGGAAAGAAGUAAGAUGUACUUAGUUUGGAUUUUUUUCCCUCUCUUUUUCCAUCACCUUUUUGGGAAUUGGAUUCAAAUUAGACUCUGAGUGGCUGUCCCAGUGAAGCACAUAUCCUAGGCUUUGGCCUGGUACUAGAAGACAGGUUACAUUCAAGCCAUUCUUUCUGCCCUGCAACACUUGCUGAAGGUCUGCUUUACCUCUCUGGCUGCUUUGAGGUGAAGACAGUGUUGUCGUGGAGAUGUUAAGGACAGUUCUGGCUGAGGAGCCCUUCAGGGUAUCCAAAGCCCCUCAUUUGCUAAGGAACUUUGAAUCAGCAAUAACUGGGCUGUCUGUAAUAAUGUCCUGGAUCCACCUUAGGAGGAGGCUGGCUCCUUAAUGAGAGGCAAACUGGUGUGGCGGUACAUGCUGGUAGUCUCAGCAGUCAGGAAGCUAAGGCAGAAGGAUUGCCACAUGUUCGAGGCCAGCCUGGGCUACAUAGUGAGUUCAAGGCUAGCCUGAAAAACUUAGUGAGACCCUGUAGCAAAUGAAGUGAAAUAAAAUAACAUAAACCUAAUGAGAUCACCCCCAUAGCAUUUGUGUCUCUAAAAAGGUUACUUUUGACUAUUAACCAUUGAUCGGUGUCACAAAAAGAGGGUAGCAUUUAAUAAAGUAUUUCUACAGCUAA